AUGAAGAAUUAUGACGGCGAUGUUGAAUCUGAUGUUGUAGCACAAGGAUUUGGGUCCUUGGGAUUGAUGACUUCUGUGUUGGUCUCUGCCGAUGGAAAAAGCUUCGAGGCUGAAGCCGCUCACGGCACGGUCACCAGACACUAUCGAAAAUAUCAAAAGGGUGAGGAAACUUCCACAAACUCCAUUGCUUCCAUUUUUGCGUGGACAAGAGGUCUUCGGAAGAGAGGAGAGUUGGAUAACACUCCAAAAGUGGUGCAAUUUGCAGAAACGUUGGAAAACGCAGUCAUUGAUACUGUUAUGGUUGACGGAAAAAUGACGAAGGAUCUCGCCUUGGCCAAAGGAAGCACGGAAAGAUCAGCCUAUGUUACCACAGAGGAAUUCAUUGAAGCAAUUACGAAACGCCUGGAAACAGAGGUAAAGAAAGCCAAGCUAUGA